UCAAAUUACAGAUGUCAGACAGAUAUGUAUGGUUUGAGACAUGGGCUGAAGAUGGCAAGUUCUUCCAGACCCAGUCAGUAAACACAGAAUGUAAUGAUUCAGGUUUAAGUGACUAUGCAUAAAAAGGCUUAAGUCGAAAGACUUGUUCUGACCCACAGGUAGCUGAAGCUUCAGGAAACAAGAACUGCUGUAGAUAUUCAAGACCUGCUCGAGACAAGAGGAGGGCACAGACAGGAGGAAGGGAGGAAUAAAACGAAAGAGGCAAAAAUGACUUGGAACUGUGUGGGAAGACAUGGGAGGAGCUUGCAAAGUAUAAACUUGGAUGUGUCCUAGCAGUGCCUCAGCACGAUGCUAAAAGUAAAAGAAGAGGACGAAUGCACCGUCGCAUUAACAGAGCAUUUGAAGGAUAUUCUUUAAAGUUCAGUCUUCUGGAACAUCCGCGUGACCGACGCGAGCAGCGCCGCGCCUGACGCGGAUCAUCGGCUGCACUGGAGCUGGAGUCGCGGUGGCAUGCGUGGAUCAGAUAUUCCCGCACACUCCAACAACACUCUCGUGUCCUGAAAGAAAGAAAGCGAACUUUUCUCCUAAGAUGAUCUGGUUGUUGUUUUUGCUCCUCUGUGCUGCCGGCGUGUUGUCGACUUCCACCCAGGUGGCCACCAUCUUCCCUCAAGACCCUGCUCUUCCCAUCGGCUCCAGCCUGACAGCCACAUGCUCCGUCAACCCAGACCACGGCGUCCACGCGGGCUCGCUCUAUUGGACGCUCAACGGGAAGCGUCUUCCCAGCAGCACCUACAGCGUCCUGAGCCCCAGCGUUCUCAGCGUCACCCUCCCGCGCCUCUCCGGCUCCCGCCAGCGCUCCGGAGACAACCUCGUGUGCCAUAACAGUGGGGGUCAUGUGCUGGCCGGCUCCUGCAUCUAUGUUGGCAUGCCUCCUGAGAAGCCUGUGAACCUCACCUGCUGGUCCAGGAACACUAAAGACCUCACCUGUCGAUGGGCCCCCGGGGGCCAGGGAGAGACCUUCAUCAAGACCAAAUACACACUCAAAUAUAAGCUCAGGUGGUACGGACGAGAGAAGGAGUGUGAGGACUACAACGCGGGAGAGCCGUACACAUGCUACAUCCCCCGUGACCUCGCCCUCUUCACGCCCUACGAGAUAUGGGUGGAGGCCUCUAACCAACUCGGAACCGCAACAUCUGACGUCAUCUACUUGGAUAUCUUAGACGUGGUGACGACAGAUCCACCGACGGACGUGACGGUGAGUCGAGUGGGAGACCUGGAGGACCAGCUGACUGUGCGCUGGGGGACGCCGCCUGCUCUGAAAGACUUCCUCUUUCAGGCCAAAUAUCAGAUCAGAUACAGACUGGAGGAGAGCAGCGACUGGAAGGUGGUUGAUGAUGUUGGGAACCAGACUUCCUGCAGGCUGGCGGGGUUGCGGCCGGGCACAGUGUAUUUUGUGCAGGUGCGCUGUAAUCCAGUAGGGAUUCUGGGAUCUAGGAAAGCAGGGAUUUGGAGUGACUGGAGUCACCCUACUGCAGCCUCAACACCACACAGCGAGCGACUCCUGACGGGGUCAUGUGACUCGAAGGCAGGGCAGCAGAACUCCACGCUGCGGCGGGACUUGAAGCAGUUCUUCGGCUGGGUGCGCAAACACGCCUACGGUUGCAGCGGUAUGAGCAUCAAACUUUAUGAUCAGUGGCGGGUCUGGCUGCAGAAAUCCCACAAAACACGCAACCAGGUAGGUUCUUCAAGGAGAUAAAUCAUAGCACGUCGCUCCUGGCAGGCAGAACAUUUAACAACAACAGCACACUGUGGAAGAAUUCAUUUUCCAGACCGCUGCUUGGCUCAGUGCAAGAAAGUCAAAGUACAGCUGGACUCAAAUGGGAUGUUCAAACGACAAAAGGUGACGGGCAUUUGGUCCCUGGGACACAGAUUGAAUUGUGCAGUUCUCUAUAGUGCCUUAUUAUACAGGAAAACAAACUGAAUCAUGUCAAGUGGACUAUAUCCGUGGAGACAAGUUCUUGAUCAUGUCGGGGAGCGAUUAAUUACAGGUCAUAAUUUGCACAUUUACUUAGAUGACGGCUAUGCACGAGCCAGACGUGACACAUGGUCUGUACGUGGACCUGUAACGUUUUCAGAUCUUGCUAACUUCAGCCAACCUGUAUGUUAAAAAGGUUCCUCAUGGACAAAUGGAAAAUGCCUGGAUGUUUUUCAGCCAACGGUUUGUGUAACUUCAAGACUGGAAAUGAAUAGUCAGACCAUCCAGUUUCACCAAAGGUACCUUUCAUGAAUGUUGGAGUGUGUCAGUUGUGACUAUACUAAAGAAUCUGACAGGUAUACCUCACAGAACAACUUGCCACUUUUAGUCUCCUAUUUCUAACCGGUCGUUGUUGCAAUGCAAUGCUGAACAUAUCAAUACAUAGAAACAGACCUAUGAAACUGACAUUCACUAUAUUCAGGAUCUACAUCACGACAAAGUUAACAUGUUGGAAACAUAGAGUGGACUCAUAAAAUGGCCAUUUAAUGAAUGGAGAGGAAAGUUUUGGCCGACCGAUGUUGCGGUUACAGAACUGUAACUGUGUUUGUAGCAUUGAACUGUUUGAAAAUAAUUUUAUGUAUUGAGACAUUUUACUGCUUUUAUUUUUGUACUGAAUUGUAUCCGCAUAUUUAAAUUUAAAGUUAUGUUUUGUCUCUUUAAGUUAAUUGUAGGUAGAUUAUAUUAUUAUUGACUGAAUUGUUAAACCCUAAUAUUGUUUAUAAAAUCCUUCUUUGAGAUGAAACUUAUGAACUUCUGAACUUUUUGACAGAAAAUUAAGUCAGUAUUUUUGUCUUAUAAACAUAUCUAGGAAUCAUACAAAGCAGGAUAAUUCCACUUGUUGUCAAAAAUACAGACUUCAAUACCAAGUACUGAAAUGUAAAUAUGUGACGCUUUGAGCGCUGUUGAGCAGAUUCAUAAACACCUCUGAUUGGCCAUUGUGUUCAUCAGAUAUGUCUGUGAUUGGGUACAAUGAUCAAUGAAUGGGAGCGUUUGAAAGCCCACGGGAAUGUUUGAAUUUGAAAGCGUUUUGAAAGUGGGAGUGUUUGAAAGCAGGCGUCUUUCAGUGGAUAUAUUAGGGAUAUCAAACACUCCUGUGUGUAAGCACUCCAUUAAGAGCAAAGAUGCCUAUUUACAACAUGCUUUGAAGCGUUAAUCAUUGUAGGCAAUCACAGAUGUAUCUGUUGAGCGUGUGAACCCAAUAGCCAAUCACAGACAUAUCUGUUGAGCGUGUGAACUCAAUGGCCAAUCAGAGACGUAUCUGUUGAGCGUGUGAACCCAAUGGUCAAUCAGAGACUUAUCUGUUAAGCGUGUGAACUCAAUGGCCAAUCAGAGACGUAUCUGUUGAAUACGUGAACUCAAUGACCAAUCAGAGACAUAUUUUAUGCCGAAGUCGGUACUUUUGACAACACUUCUUCAGAAUUAUUUUUAAGAUAGUAAGACUUGUUUUCAGAGACCACAUGUUUAUAUUUCUUGUUUUAGGCUUUAAGAUCAACUCAUUUUGUUAGAUGUAUGCUUAAACAAGUAAAAGACAAUUAGGGUAAAAAGAAUUAGUUUUACAUCUUUACUUUUUACAACUUACUCUGAAAACAAGGCUAUUUUUCAAGUCAAUUUUUUUCCUCUCAAGGUUAUUUAUGUUUAUGAAUGUUUAGAUAUUUUUACUUAGAAAUCAAGACAACAAUACUGGUUUUGAAACAAGUUUUUCACAACUGCACAAAGCAGAAGUGUUUUGCCAGAGUGUGAUUCUCUACAGGGAAGAAGAUGAAUGUGUGUAGAGCAGUUGUCUGGUUAAAUUAGCGCUCUUACACUGGCCUCUUCCACGGUCAGUAUUUCACUUUUCCCUAAGUGACACCCACAAAGAACAAAAAAUAAAACGCUUUAGGCCAUUGGGUUUAGAGUCCUUAACAUUUUAGCCGUGUGAUUUCUUGACAUUCAAAUAAAUACGGUUCAUAAAAUAAAAUACAGUCUACGCUCUUCUAACUGUAA